GUCACUGUCGCGCCAGGUCCAGCCCGAGUUUCGAGCCAGCCGCGAUCUGUCCCACGGCGCGUCCUGGCUUGUGGCGGGGUCUCGCAUCCCGCGUUAGGGCAGACCAGGCAGACGAGGCGGAGUCAGAGUUCAUCAGUUUGGCGCGAUGAAGGCACUGAUCUUGGUGGGCGGCUAUGGGACGCGGCUGCGGCCACUGACGCUGAGCAUCCCGAAACCACUGGUGGACUUCUGCAACAAGCCCAUCUUGCUGCAUCAAGUGGAGGCGCUGGCCGCGGCAGGUGUGGACCACGUGAUCCUGGCCGUGAGCUACAUGUCUCAGGUGUUGGAGAAGGAAAUGAAGGCGCAGGAGCAGAAGCUAGGGAUCCGCAUUUCUAUGUCCCAUGAAGAGGAACCUCUGGGAACAGCUGGGCCACUGGCACUGGCCCGAGACCUGCUGUCUGAGACUGAAGACGCCUUCUUCGUCCUCAACAGCGAUGUGAUCUGCGAUUUCCCCUUCCAAGCCAUGGUGCAGUUUCAUCGGCACCACGGCCAGGAGGGCUCCAUCGUGGUGACCAAGGUGGAGGAACCCUCCAAGUAUGGUGUGGUGGUAUGUGAGGCUGACACAGGCCGCAUUCACCGCUUCGUGGAGAAGCCGCAGGUGUUUGUGUCCAACAAGAUCAAUGCAGGCAUGUACAUUCUGAGCCCUGCGGUGCUGCGGCGCAUCCAGCUGCAGCCCACGUCCAUUGAGAAGGAGGUCUUCCCGGUAAUGGCCAAAGAGGGGCAGCUGUAUGCCAUGGAACUGCAGGGCUUUUGGAUGGACAUCGGGCAGCCCAAGGAUUUCCUCACUGGCAUGUGCCUUUUUCUACAGUCACUGCGACAGAAGCAGCCUGAGCAACUCUGCUCGGGCCCAGGCAUUGUGGGCAACGUGCUGGUGGACCCGAGUGCCCGCAUUGGCCAGAACUGCAGCAUUGGUCCCAAUGUGAGCCUGGGCCCUGGUGUGGUAGUGGAGGAUGGCGUGUGUAUCCGGCGGUGCACAGUGCUGCGGGACGCCCACAUCCGCUCCCACUCCUGGCUUGAGUCCUGCAUUGUGGGCUGGCGCUGCCGCGUGGGCCAGUGGGUGCGCAUGGAGAACGUGACAGUGCUGGGCGAAGAUGUCAUCGUUAACGACGAGCUCUACCUCAAUGGGGCCAGCGUGCUGCCCCACAAGUCUAUUGGCGAGUCAGUGCCGGAGCCUCGCAUCAUCAUGUGAGAGCGUGCUGUGGGGCCUGUGGAGCCCUCAUUUCCCCAUUAGCAAGGGGAGGACUGGCUUCACACAUUAGAAGGCCCUGCCAUUUGUCUGGGGGCUUGGAUGAGGCUGACGCUGGACACUUGCCUUCUCAUGUGGGCAUACCUGGCAGGAUCCCUGCUGCGGGAACCCCAAAUACCGCACUCCUCAAGAAGCCCAGGCCAGGGCUGUAUGGAAUAAUAAUUUAAUGCUCACUGUGGCCCUGACUGAAAGUCAAGCUCAGGCACAAUUGGGGCUGUAGCUGGGCUCCCACCAAUGAGGCUACACGCAGGCAAGAUGGGGGUUGGAGGACACAGCAGGGGACCCUGGGGAAUAGGGCAAGAGGAGCUCAUAAAUAGGGCCCAGCCUGGGCUGGGUUUGAGGGUGCAGGGUCCAGAAUGGCGCAGACUGUGUGGACCAGACAGGUCUAGGCAGCCGAGGAGGUGGUACUUGAAUUGGCUGAUUUUUCCCAGUCUUCCACAGACACGAUGGUGGCCUUGCAGAAGAAGCAGUCCUUAUUGUUCAUCAGGUGCUGGUCGAUGCAGGCUCUGCCACAGGAGAGAGGAUGAGGGCUGCCCCGUAGUCUCCUGCUCCCUGCCUCCACCCGCCUUCCAGUGCCCAGGGCCCCCUUACUUGCAGGACUUAUGGCCGCAGGGCUGGAACACAGCAGAGAUGGGGUGGGCGUAACAGAUGGGGCACAGGUCUUCCUCGCUGGUGGGCUGCAGGGAGGAGAGUGCAAGGCAGGCUGGGUUUGGGUCCCUGGACAGAAGUGGACAUGUGCUAUGCCAACAUGCAUUCAGGUGGCAUGGGCCUGUGUGCUGUGGCCACACUCACCAGAGAGGCAGCAGCUGCCUGGGCAGAUGCAGAGGUCAGGUGUGCCAGCAUCUGUUCCACCUGGGUCAGCUCUUCUGCACUGACGUAAUCCGUGUCUGGAGGGUGGGAGGAGGUGUGUGGCCAAAUGUGCUCUUAGAACUUUGUGCCUCUUGAGACCCUUGGCUUGGCCCAACCCCACCCAAAUACCUCUUCCCUGCUACCACGCCCCAGCCCUCAUUUCUGUAGGAAGAGGUGCUUCCCUCGACUCACAGCUCUGCAGGGAGAAGUGCUUCCGGUCAGGGGCAGGCAGGGCCGUGCCAGGUGCUGGGGGCUCUGACUGCCCCAGGAGAUAGCAUAUGGAGCGGAGCUGGAAGCAGGGAUCAGCCAGGAGCACAGAAGUGGCUUUCUCUUUCCUGGGGGAGGGUGCAAGGGUGGUGUCAGGGGGCUCAGCGCUGGUGGGAAAGUACUCUACUGAAGAGGUGGUACACUCACCUAGACCAACUGCGAUACUGACCCCUUCAUCCCACUCCACCUCCCUGUUUCUUACCAGUCUGCUAAGUCCUGGAUCGCAGUAAAGACCCAUACAGCCUGGGUGCCAGUUUAGGGGUCUCAGGGGAGCUACCAGAAGACAAUGAAUGUCCACCAGCCAUGUGACACACGUUAACCCUUCAAAAUCACUCCAAAUAAAUACAAACUAAGGAA